AUGGGUAGCUGUCCUAGCACUCCUAGUGAGUUCGCUUCGAAAAGUCUCGAUCCGUUAUGCAAUGGCGAACGAAUGUGGACAACUUUUCUAUUUUCGUCACUAUUCACGCUUUUUGGCGGAUGGUUCAUUAUUCUCAUAUACGAUUUUACCAAAGCAUUAGCUAUAAAACCACGGCGAUUAAGACUUAUUUCGGCAGUAAAGCAUCUACUCCAAAUAAAUGACUUUUCUACAAGACGACCAAGCCUACCGUAUACAGUAUCGAAUCGACGCAAUGAUGAGGAGAACGAAGAUUAUUUCAGUUGGUUACAAGCAAUUAAAGAGUGGGAGAACAACUUAAUAUCGGGCCAAACAAAAAUGGGAAAAACAUUGGUAGGAAUCAUCUUUAUUGGUAGUAUUGCUUCAUUGAUACUCUACUUUGUCGAUACAAAAAAUGCGUUUAUUGAAUCUUGUACUGAUAUCAAUAGAUCGGUCACUAUGCAAGCUGAUCUUGGUUUGAAUGUUCUCUUUUUGAUCUAUUUCUUCUUACGAUUUACUGCUUCACAACACAAACGACGAUUUUGGUUUAGUCUCUAUUCAAUUGUUGAUAUGUUUACUAUCCCACCAUCGUUUGUAGCAUUGUAUCUCAAUCGCAAUUGGAUUGGCUUUCGUUUUCUUCGAGCUAUUCGCAUAAUGAAUACUCCCGAUAUUCUACAAUAUAUGGGCUUAAUUGAACGUCCACGAACAAUACGUAUUGUUCAGCUUGCAUCGCGUUUUAUCGCUGUUUGGAUUGCAUGUGCUGGCGCAGUUCACCUAGCAGAAAAUUCGGGUGACUUUUUCUGUAAUUUUGAAAACGCGCAAGAAAUCGAUGUCUUCAAUGCUAUCUACUUCAUGAUUGUUACAAUGACGACAGUCGGUUAUGGUGAUGUGUAUUGUAAAACAUACAUCGGAAAGUUUUUCAUGCUUAUGUUUCUCAUUGGUGGAUUGGCAUUUUUUGCAACGAUGAUUCCGGAAUUUUCGAAUCUAUUCGGAACUAGUGGUCAAUAUGCAGGUCGUUAUCGAAUCGUCAAAGGCAAACGCCAUGUGGUCAUCUGUGGACAUAUAACACCGCACUCGAUGACAACAUUUCUACGUGAUUUUCUCCAUAAAGAUCGCGAUCAAGCUGAAGAACUUGAUGUCGUCAUAAUUAAUAAGAAAACACCAGAGAUCGAAAUGGAAGCGCUGUUGAAACGGUAUUACACAAAAGUUCAAUAUUUCGUUGGAACGGUUAUGAAUGUCGCUGAUUUGCAUCGAAUCCAAGUUGAUAAAGCAACAGCUUGUUUAAUCAUCGCUGAUAAAGAAUGUCCCGAUCCGGAUGGGGACGAUUCAGCAAAUAUCAUGCGCGUAAUCAGCUUGAAAAAUUUCAAUCAACGUAUUCGAGUUCUUUUACAACUUUUACAUUACAAGAACAAAAUGAAUGUCGCAUCUAUACCGGGUUGGAGCGCGAAAGAUGGAGAUGAAAUCAUCUGCAUUGCCGAAUUAAAACUUGGCUUAAUUGGCAUGUCGUGUACAGUACCUGGAUUUUGCACGAUGAUGACCAAUAUCUUUCGUAUGUCAGCCUACAAGACACGUUCAGCACAAGAAAUGACGCAAGCUUGGCAUUGGCGAGAGCUGUACCACCGUGGUGCAGCUAUGGAGAUGUACUUAGAAGAACUACCACAUUCAUUUUUUGGAAAGACAUUUACUGAAAUGGCACUAAUUUGCUUUAAACUUCGAGUCAUGAUCCUAGCUGUUGAAAUAAAACAUACGGAUGAAAAUGGAAAUACACGACUGGUUGUCGAAGUUGCGCCCAAGAAUGAUUGUAUUAUCCUUCCUGGGACUCGAGCUUUUAUGGUUUGCAGUUCGAGUGAAGAUGCAAAAAGAGUGAAAUAUUAUUGUUCUACUUGUUAUCCUGAUGUUAACCAACUAAAACCUGCACAAUUGAAGCGAAUGAGAAAGUGUCGACACACAGUUUCUCCAGCAGAAAUGUUACCAUUCCAAGCACGUUCGGAAAGCCAAGCUUCCAUUGGCAAGGAAAAAUCGCAAAAUCCUAUUGUGCGUUUGUUGGAAGGCGACGUUCAGCGUCCACUACUGAUCUGUCAACCCGAACAGACUGAUUCAGCAUCACUGACACACAGUGAACCACUGAUGGACGAAAAUAUAUCGAACUUUGACUCCACUGGGAUGUUUUAUUUCACUCCACCACGACGUAUUGAAGAAGCUGUUCUGCAUGUGGAAUCGUUACGUGAACGUCGUCUGGCAUUCCGUCGACAGAAUACGAUGAGAAAUGGCAAAACAAUAGGUUUUCAACAAACACACCUCGCACCCCCUUUGCAUCCAGUCCAUUUUCAAGAUCAUGUUAUCGUUUGUCUUCAUGCUGACAAAGCAUCGCCGACCAUUGGUCUACGUAAUUUUGUCAUGCCGCUUCGUGCUAGUUCAUUUCAUCGUCACGAAUUGCCGAUAAUUAUAUUUGUUACCGAUCUUGACUACAUAAGAAAUGAGUGGGAUAUGAUCUGUACAUUUCCUGAUAUCUAUAUUCUCAAUGGUUCACCAAGUAAUCCAUACAAUUUGCAGCUGAUAUGUAUACAAGAUUGUCGUCAGUGUGUGAUCAUAUCGACAUUAGAUCGAGAAAAUCAAGAUACGUAUCUCGUCGAUAAAUCAUCUGUACUUUGUACGUUGAAUAUCCGACAAAUCGAAAUGAAAUCAGCUGGCUAUGUUUCCGUGAUGAACUUAACUGGACAAAACACAUCGGAUAUGAUGGCAAAUCAAACAAAAGCAUUGCUUCAGAAUACUAUUCGAACAUUAACAACAUUAACUAUUGAUUCUAAUGUUCAAUAUGUUGAACAAGGGGAUACUGACGAAGUUGACCUGGAGUUCUAUUUAACAACACCGUUUGCAUCUGGCGCGGCAUUUGCAGAUAGUGUUCUCGAUUGCAUUUUAAGUUGUGCUUAUUACAAUGAUAAUGCAGUCAAUUUACUUCGUAAUAUUUUAACGGGCGGUGUUGAUUUACAAUUAGAAGAAAUUCUCGCUGAAGGUGGUGGUUUUAACCGUUGUGAAUCAUUUGAUAUACUAAAAAAGCGAAAUCGUGCUCGUGUUGCUAUUCUCGAAAUCCGAGAAUUAAUACCAGACAUUGAUAUUCGAACAGAUCCAGUUACCUUCAGUGUACUAUUCUGUGAAGCUAUUCAACGCCACCAGAUGAUUGUCAUGGGUAUAUAUCGUUUGUUAGAUGUAUUACUUCGAAAUGAUCCUAAGAUUAACAUGAGUCAAUUUACCGGUGGUCACAAGCGGAUUGUUCUUUGUUAUCCACCAUACAAUUAUCAUAUGGAUCCGUCGGAUAUGGUCUAUGUGAUGCAGCAAUCUCGUCCAUUUGAUCAACUUUCUCGACAGAACUCUUGCUCACUACCACAAACGCGAUAG